AUGACCCCAAGCCAAUAUGUCAGGCUUCUUUUUAUGAUCAGUUUGGCAUUACAGCUCAUCCAUUUGGGAAACAGCUAUCAAAGAGAGAAACAUAAAGAUGGUAAAGAAGAAAUCCACAACGGUACAAACCAGAAGUUCCAGCAGAAACCAUUCAACUGGCCGUUGCAUGAUUUUAGGGAGACCAAUGAGAGCGCGGAGGGCUGGAGGCGGCGGGAUUCGUUUUCCUAUUCCAGGGGGUUGCGAGAGCGAGCACCCCGCUGUUGCCAGAACGGGGGUACCUGCGUGCUGGGCAGCUUCUGCGUGUGCCCCGCGCACUUCACCGGCCGCCACUGCGAGCACGACCAGAGGCUCAGCGAAUGCGGCGCCUUGGCGCACGGAGCCUGGACCCUCCGCGGCUGCCGCCUGUGCAGGUGUGUGUACGGCGCCCUGCACUGCCUGGCUCGCCAGAUGCCGUCAGACAGCUGCGACCCCAGAGAUUUUCUCGCCUCACACUCGAGUGGGUUAAGCUCCCAGGAUGUGCUGGGGCGUUUUCUGCUCCUGGCCUGCCUCCUUCUGCAGGGCUCUAUCCUCCAGGCACUGUCCUCAGUGAGUGGGAAGAUGUGGAUGGAUGGAGGCAUCGUCCUGGCACCCCAGGGAUCUGACCGUGGACCCCCUAACCGGGCGGAAGAUGCUGUCACCCUAGCCAUGCCCAGCAGGAGAGCCCAGGAUGCGGGGAACCCUUUUGGUCCACUCUGUUGUCAAUAAUAGAUUGAUUUAGUUCACCACACACUGAAGCAUUU